CCCCGCCCCCUCCUACACCUGGUAUAAAGAUACCGAAGAGUUGACUGGGUCUGAUGCUAUGGGGCGUGUCUUUAGAAUAGAGAUUGCUAAUCCAACAGAUAAUCAUGAUGGGGCCUACGAGUGUUCAGUUUCUAAUGAGUUCGGAACUAAUUUUGCUUUAUCUAGACUGAGCUUCAUUAGUCCUCCUAAUGUUCCCGAUUCCAGCACUAACGUUGGCGAGAUUCUAGAUGAUGGGAGCGUGGUGAGUGUCAAUCAAAUGACUAAUGUUACAGUUCAGGCUGGAACUGAUUUCUGCGUCAUGUGUGAGCCUAGCCUUGGCUCACCUCCAGCAGAGGAGAUAGUAUGGAGGCGUAACUCACUAGAAGGAACAGAACAUGAAGGAAUUGAUAUUAGUGAUGUGUGUAUCACUAUUCAGGACAAUGGGACCAGACUCUGCUUCACUGAUGUGUCAAGAGCUUACAGUGACGUCUAUUCUUGUUUUGUUGCUAAUGAAGCUGGAUCUGAUAGUGGGAAUAUUACCAUUCAAGUAUCAGUUCCUACUGUUAUCAGACAGUCUUCAAGACAAGAUAUACCAGAUUCGUCUUCUUGUUUGGAUCAAAGAGGUCAAUCAUUUGUCAAUGAGGAGGUUGGAGUCAAUGUCUGCAUGUCCUUUGGCACUCGAGUCCUGAUUGAUUGUCUAUGGUCUGUUAGUAACUAUCACUGGUAUCUUAAACAAGAGAUACAGUCGCCAAAAACCACACCUACUGAUGAGACCACGCCCACUCAUUAUACAGGUGUUGUAUGGGAUCCAAUUGUACCAUUACGUCUUCACACCUUGCUGAAUAAUGGUCAGUAUAUACAGUAUAAUUGGAAGAGGGGUGUGGUCACCAGUACCUCGUUAAAUGUUAAUAAUAAUUCAACAGUGGCAGUAAUUGACGGAGAGGCGUUAUUAUUGACACCUUUUCGUGACGUUAUCGUUCCUCUCCCAAUGAGUCAUAAGCGACUUGUGUUCCCGUCUCCUGUUGUCAUGGCAACUUUUGCCCCACCCCCUACCCCCAACGACCUCCUUAUAGUGUUGUCUGAUGGAUCAGUCUACGUUGCAAAGUCCGGCACUAAGAUGGAGUACACCUUAACUAACCUCAG